UUAUUUUCUAAAACUAGUGUAAUUGUCAGGAACCCAUUAGCAGUUGGGCGAGUUGGGGUUGCAUUGGCAGAUUGCAGUGCAGAAGAGAGCAAAUCGGCAAUGGCAGAAGACAACCUCUUCCAAGGUUUGCCACCUCCUUCGGCAACUCCUCCGUCUUCCAACUCACAACAACAACAACAACCGCGUAAAUCCACGGUUGCGACAAACACAAAUCCAUCUCCAGUUCCACCUCCUGCUCUCAAAAGCGCCCUCAAGCGCUCCAACCCACCUCAACCCACUUCUGAAAAAGCCGCCACUCCUGGAAAACGGUUGAGGUUUAAAACUAUGACAGAUGUCUCAGAAAAGCAAAUUUUAGAUGCCAUGCAGAAGAUUGCAUCACAUAUCAAGAACCUUACAAAGUUUGCCAAGGCUUCGAAGCUUGCCAUACAGUUGAUUCAGGCUGGUAAUGUGAAACCUGGAACUAGUGAUCACUUCUUUGCCAUACUUGAAGCCGCAAUGUCAUCACCAACUGCUUGUACUGAUCCUUCUGUUCGAGCAGAUUACCAUGCAUUAUUCACGGAAGCACAAGAUAUAGCUGAUUGCUUCAAUGAUAAGCAAAAAAAUCUAUUAACUACAUGGACAACUAGGGCGGUGAUGGCAAAUGACCUAUAUACUGAUGACAGUUUUGUGUUUUCAAAAACAGCAGGACGAGUAAAGGAAGCAAUAUCUAAUCUUCCAAUUGCAACUGAGGAUGAUGACAUAGAGGAAGCUGCAUCCCUGAAAGAUGAAAUAGAAACAGCAGAUAAUGAUGAUCCAAAUAAGCAGGAUGUGUCAUCAGUUGCUCAAUUGGAAGGAAAUAACAAGGAAGAUGAUGAUCCAUUUGGGCUUGAUGCUCUGAUUCCAAGCAAAGUGAAGAAAGAUGUACAGAUAAGGGGGAAGAAAGAUGCAGCAUCCAAGAAUGGGAACGAUGAAGAGGAAGAGACCAAGAGAUUUACCAAAUCACAGAGAGAAGGCUUGAUUAUUUGUCUAGAGAUUGCUGCGAAGCGUUACAAAACCCCAUGGUGCCAGACCGUUAUAGACAUUUUAGUAAAGCAUGCAUUCGAUAAUGUAGCAAGGUUUACUAGUCAGCAGAGGGAUGCCAUUGAAAAACUUUGGGCUUCCAUCCGAGAACAGCAUAUUCGCAGGAAGCAAGGGAAAUCUGUGAAUGGAAAACUUGAUGUGAAUGCAUUUGAAUUUCUACAGACAAAAUAUGCAAAUGAGAAGAUUAGUAUACGUCAUUCUGUUGGUGGCAGUGGGGAUCGUCGUGCCACACAGUGGCUUGGUUAAUACCUUGUUUUUUAUGUACCCUGUAUUACAACAUGGAAAGUGACCACUCUUACAGAUAAAGCAUAUUGAAAUAGAUUAUUUACUUGUAAUUUCAUUGUGUGUGCAUUUAGAAUCCUAUUGGGUAUUUGCUAGAUUUCUGAGAAUUGCUACCGUUAAUUGCCCAACAUCACUUCACUUAUAUACCCCUGCAUGGAUGAAUGACAAUUACAGAACAUUAUGACU